AUGUCGAGUGAUGAUAAAAACAAGCCCAGUGAACCCAAGAAUGAGCCCAAGCAAUGUGAUCCCAGGUGUGAACAAAGGUGUGAGACUAAAUGCCAGCCCAGCUGUUUAAAGAAGCUGCUGCAACGGUGCUCUGAAAAGUACCCACAGGAAAAGUUCCCAGCACCACCAAAGUGCCCGUGUCCCCCAUGCCCCCCACUGUGCCCUCCACCAUGCCCCUGCCCAGCUCCCUGCCCUCCCAAGCCAUGUUCCAAGCCCUGUCCUCCUAAAUGCCCACUGCCCUGCCCACCCCCAGAGUGA